AUGACACGCUGGUUUCCACGCCCUUGGAAGACAUACUCUGAAACACGCAAAGGCGAUAACAACAACAACAACAACAAAAAGAAACGCCAUCAUCGUUCCCUCUCUGAUAUCAUCCACAACGCCCAAUACGUCCAUCACUACCGUAUCGAUGGUGAAAUUGGCUAUGGUGCCAACGCUGUAGUGCAUUCAGCCAUGGAUAAGAUCAACAAAACACCUGUGGCGAUCAAGGAAUUGAGCAAAUCACGCUUACGUCGAAUGCAGUACAACGAUUUGAUGCGCUUUGCCGGACCACGUGCACGAGCCGGUGCCCUCACUUCAACCGCUUCAUCCAGCCAAGACAAUCUUGUCCUACAAAACAAACGCCGAAGGAUCAUGGAAGAUUCUACUCCGCCCAUUGAUGAAGUUGACAUCCUCAAAUCAAUCAACCAUAACAACAUUAUUCGUCUUCUUGACGUUGUCGAUGAUGCCGACAGCGAUUCAGUGUUCCUUGUUAUGGAGCUGGCCAAAAGAGGUCCCGUGAUGCAACUUGAUACCAAGCAUACAGCAGAUCCAUUGCCUGAAGCAAAAUGUCGUGAUUACUUUGCUCAGCUAGUGGAUGCAGUCGAUUAUUUACACUCGCAAGGUAUCGUCCAUCGAGACAUCAAACCCGAGAACCUAUUGUUAUCAGACAAUGACAAGCUCAAGCUUGCCGACUUUGGAAGCGCUAAAAGAGUUGACCAAAAAGGGGUUGUUGCUGUAUCCACUCGAUCCAUUUCUGGAGGCACACCCGCUUUCAUGGCUCCUGAAUUGUUGUCCAGAGGACGUUCACCAAAGCCUUUGAAUCCUAUUCCUCCAACAGCUGCCGAUAUUUGGGCCAUGGGCGUAACCUUGUACUGCUUUUGUUAUGGUCGCCUACCCUUUGCAAGGGAGAGCUUGGUUGAUUUAUAUGAGGACAUCAGAUACACAAGCAUUAGCACCAAACAUCCUUCCAAUGCCGAUGAUGACCUAAUCGACCUUUUGAACGGCAUGCUUUGCAAAGACCCUUGCAAGCGCAUAACUAUGAAUGAGAUCAAGAUCCAUCCUUGGAUGCUGAAGAACACUUAG